CUUGUCCUGUCAAAAACCCGUGGUGAAGUUUCAUAUUUCAGUGGGUGAAAAUUAAAAUUAUUUUGCUUGUGAUUGAAAAUAAUUGAAUAUGCCAGUGUGUAGUGUUAUAGGGUGCGGCAUAAGAAAAACACCAAAUCAGCCAUCUUUAACCUUACACAGGUUGCCAAGAAAUGAAAUUAAAAAGAAAAAGUGGCUGGAAGCCAUUGGAAUGGAAAAUAUAAGGCCAAGAGUAAAGGAUACUUUCAUUUGCUCGCUACAUUUUGAUGAAAAAUGUUUCAACAAAACUUUGGAUGUGACCCGACUACGAGAUGAGGCUGUGCCCUUCACUGGACUUGCAUUGAAUCCUGCUCCUGUUUCUGGAACUUCAGGAGUUGCAACAUCAGCACUCCCCCUGACGACGGCUACCGCGUAUACUGGCCCUUUUGUUUCCGUUACUAGUACUUCAGGAGUGGAUAAUCUACCGGCCGAAGCAUAUACAAUAAAAAAACUGGAAGCUAAAUGUGAUUUCUUGAGGAAGAAAGUAAAAAGAUUAAAUGAAAAAUUGCGGCUGCAAAGGAAAAAAAUUGCAGAGUUCCAGAAUGUUAUAAAAGACCUACAGGAAAGGAAUCUAGUCAACAACGAGAACUCUAUAGUUUUAGAAGCCUGCGUGGGUCCCAAAGACUUUUUAAAGAGGCGAAUUUUGAAAAGUGAAGGCAUGCCUUUGGAAAAACAAUAUUCAGAGGAAACUAGAAAAUUUGCCCAUACACUCCACUUAAUUUCGCCGAAGGCCUACAAUUUUGUGCGACAAACGUACAAUACAUGCUUGCCUCAUCCAAGGACUUUAAUUAGGUGGAAAAAAAUAAAUGCGGAACCCGGCCUUUGUGAUGAAGCGUUUGCAGUUCUUCGGAACAAAGUUCAGGCUAACGACACACCAAUUGUGCCCUAAAUCUCUAAGGAUAAUUUGUUAAAUCUUAUAGUUCUGAGCGUCUAACACCUAGAGACAUUUACACCUCUAAAUAUUAUAGAUUUAUGUUCUGUGUUUUUUCGUGUCUGUAUUUUUUAUAUAAUACCUCUCUAAGUAAAUUGUAAUACGUGAGGGGUUGUGCACAAAUCACGCGAGGUGUUUUUCGGCUACUUUUUGACCCGGAGGCCCCUUGGUGAUAUUUGGUGAGGUUUUUGGCUACCCCCCUCCCCCCACACAACCUCACGUGUAUUUAUUUGAAAUUUUUUCAUUCGGCCUAAUUUUAAAAUAAAUAGGAUUGUAUAAAGAAAAUCUUGUUUAUUUUUCUAUUUCCGUUAAAUAGACUCGCUAUUUUGAAGUGCAGUGUGAAGAUUUAUGUUUAACGAAACCGAGAAAAAGUAUCUACUCAUGUGGUAGGUUUUUUUUUUCUUAGUUUCGUUCACUGUAGAAAAUACACGUGAGGUUUCUUUAUACCCCCCUCCUCCAGCGUGAUCUAUCGUGAUUUUUUCGUGACCCCCCUCCCCCUAUUGAACCUCGCGUGAUUUGUGCACAAGCCCUUAGUUUGAACUGCAGUUAGUUGUAUUUUAUGAAAUUGUUGAUGUACUGUCAUUAUUUUUUGUUUGUAUGUAAAUUCAAUGUUGACGUGUAAAAGUGCCCCUGUGGCGUAUUUGCAGAAUAAAUGUUGAAGAAGUAGAGGAGCGGAAGUCAUUCCUUAUUUUUGUAAUUAAAUAAAUGUUCCUUGGUACAAUGCCUCAGGGGCCUAUUUUAGAUUUAAGCUAGUUAUUAAUUUCGUUUAGUUGUACCACUGUAUAUACAGGAUGAAAUUUAAUUCACUGGCCAAAUUGAAACACCCGAAAGAACUCGAAAAAAUAUUAAACACGUGUUUUUUCUUUUAAUACCGCUCAGUACAUUUUUUUCGAAAUAACUUAUCAUCAAGUUGUCCUAAAAACCUCGUACAUUAUGGUGAACCGACAACUACCCAACGAACGCUUGUCUUCUUGCACUCCCCUGUUGAGGGGUGUGAGGUGGCCAUAUCUGGGCUUCGCCCAUUUUGGCAGGCUCUUUCGCGGGCUGUGACAACAGCCCGGUCUGUUGGGGCCGACAUUUAAGGUGUCGGCCUUUUCUUCUCUUCUCCUUUCUUCUUGUUGGCCAUCAUGGCUUUGUGGUCAUGUUGGCCAAUCUGCGGCUUUGUGGAACUUAAG